AUGACAUCCACUGCAAGGACCAGCUACACCCUGAUUCCUAACCAGAAAUACAGACGCAGUAACCGUCACUCCAGACAGCACUGCGAAGUCAUGGAUACAGAUCCCCAAUCUCUGUCAACACUUGGAUAUUUUAAAACAUUGCCAUUAGAGAUAUUUCAAAUGCUAUUGAAUUAUCUCUCAGUGAAGGAUAUCAGCAUGCUGUGCAUGGUGUCAAAAACCAUCAGCAACCGCCUUAUUACUUACAUCUCAACCCCAUCAGGAAACCGAAGGCUGUUAUUGCAAGACUUUCAUAACAUUGAGCUACCUGGCAAGAGAGACGGAUCCUAUAUAUUAGAGCACUACAGAUCUCUAGGAUUGUUGCUUAAAAGAUGCACACUUCUAUUACCUACAAAAGAUAGGCUAAAGUAUAUACACAAGAUACUCUCAGAAGUUUCCUGCUUUAAACUUAAUGGCUGUCCAAGUCCUUUGCAUUGUUUAGGAUUACAGUGCUACGGGGUAUUUUUACAGAUCCUAACAGCAGGCUGGGAUGAACUGGAGUGUCACCGGGUUUUUAACUUCCUCUGUGAACUGAGCAAUUUACCCCGUAAAGUACAGACAGUUGUCAGCAGCAAACCAGGAAGUGCCCGGAAGCUGGAGCUGCGGAUAAGGUUAUUCUGUCGUAGUGUUUUGUUGAACCACUGGAUUCAUCGAAGUGAUUCUGCAUUUUGGUUGACUCGUAUUUUAAAGCCGUGGCCAAUGGUUAAUCAAGCUCGCCUGUUGUAUAUCAUCUUUGGGCCAGUGUCCUCCCUUGACGGACAUGUGGUUUGGCAGAAAAUGAUAGAAGGACCAACAGAUGAGACCAGUCUGAAAGGUCUAGCAGAUGCAAUUAAACUGCUGUAUGAUACGGAAGCUAGAGAAUGGACAGCAGACGAUGUUAUCAGUCUUGUGGAUGAGCUGUCAGUUGUUCCCCGGGAGUGGCUCAUGGAGAACAAUGCUCGGCUUCUUAUUCUGAGUGGGAACAACAUCUGCUUCACUUUCAUGGCCAGCAAAGCUGUGAAUGGAAGAGCUUUUGAGUUAGCCAGACUUGUGGUCUUCCUGGCUUUGGUCUGUGAGAAGGAUCUGUACUGCAUGGACUGGGCAGUAAAAAUGAUGCAGAAGGUCUGCAAAGUUUUCAGCACUCCAGGGGAGAGAAACAACUUCCUGCAGAGCGUGGAGAACGCCUUUGCUCAUAUGAUCAUGGACAUGCUACAGGCAGUACUGUCCGGGGAUCGUGAUGAAGAGGACAUCAGCUUUUUGAAUUUGUUUCACCUUGUAAAUGCACAAGCUAACUUCCAUAAGGAAAUCCUGUACCUGACCAUGAGAAGCAACAGCAACACUAUUUGAUGCUCUGAAUUGUACAGACUCUUGCUCUACUCCCGCUGGAUGUCUUUUCCCUUUAUUUAUUUUUAUUUUAUUUUUUUACAUUUGCAUAGUGGUGCCUGGUUAUUUCUCUAAUUUCUACCCCAGUAAGAGCUGGAGUGACGGCAGGAGAAGCUAGUGGCAUACAUGUCAUAACAGCUGAAUGAGCUCAUGGAACGUACUGGGGGACCUCUAUGUGUUCAAAGCAGAGUUUUGCACGUCAGGCUCCUCUGAGGCUGUGUUCAGACGCGCUGAGGAAGCGGGCUGGGGGCCUUCGGUUUGGGAACAUAAACUGCAUUCUUUUCCCACUGUGUAUGUUUGCAUAUGCAAUAAAAGUAACAUGGUUUUCAUAUUUGAUGCACAUACACAUAAUAAAGAAUGUUAUCUUAGGUCAGAACCAAAAACAUUUUGAUCUUUUAAUUUUGUUUUCUCUUGGGAAUCCAAGGAGAAAAAAAAAAGACAGCCGUAAUUAGAGAAGCACAGCUACAUUUUUUCCAGUUUGCCUGGGUCUCUCUCUCACUAACUUUUACAGUCUGUGACAGAAGUGCUCUAUAGAUUGUAUGUUCAAUUUUGGCAGAAAGAGUUGAUUCGUGAAAGCAAUUUAACUGUUUUGAUUAAGUAGUUUGAUUUUUCUUUUCCUUCAAACUCCAGGUGCCUUUUAACCAAUAAAGCAGAAGAAACUUCAAAUCCCUCUCCCCACCUGCUGUAGUAACUGAACUGUUGAAGUGUAUUUGCCUUUCAUAGGACUUUGCUAAGUUGAAGACAAGUUAAAUAAAUACACAUAGGCUAAGGUCACCAUUUCAGUAACGUAUAUAAAUGUUUGCUACUUACAAAAACCUUUGAUUUUCUGCUACAUUGCCUUCAAAACAAAAAUACGUAAUACGUAAUAAAAGCCACUUACUUUACUGUGCAUUGUUUGCAAUAUGGCUAUUUUCUUCAUAUUAUCAAAUACUCUUCUUCUCCACCUGAAUGACUUUCCAGAUGUUUUAGCGUUCCUUUAGGACUAAACUCUAGCUGUGGAUACCUAUGUUGAGCUUUUGAAAGCCAGUCUUCAACUGCUGGAAGCAGCUGAAGUGAUACCAAUUUAUCUCAGCUGCCCUCACUUGAUUUCAUCAGUAAUGAGCUGACAACAACCCUGUGAUGAUUUGCUGGGAAGUUUGCAUGUUAAAAAUUCCUGCGACAUUUUUUGAAUAUACAAUUACAGACAGGAUUUGUCUACAUUCAGGACUGGAUACGGGAAGUAAAUCUGCUGAGGAUCUUUGUGGUGUGCCGGUAGAUGGCAGAGGUGAAACCUUUCCCUGGGAGCAGGCGUGCCUGCUAGCAGUUGCUCCUAACAUCCCUUUUUUCUAGCUGUUGGAAGGAUAUAUGGGCGAGCAUGCUGCAGUACCACAAUUGUGCUGUAGCUACUUACAAUUAGUGAAGUGAGCAAAAUGCAAGAUUCUUUCUCUGAAACCCUCUCAGUGAACUGAAUGCCCCCAAACCGAUCACUAAUGAUCUCAAAAUACGAGGGAAAACAGACUUGCGGUGCACAGAGCGGCAGGGAAACGUAGCCAAGAAGCAGCUGAGGCGGAAUGCUCCAGCCCAGCUCGUUACCAUCCCUCCCCUUGCAAGCAGCACUCGCUACCAAUAAAUAACCUCAGCAGAUGAAAUUCAAAAUAAUGGAGCAGAGCCUUCAUCCACCACAUCUCCUCGGCCCAUUGUGUUUCUCGCGUGUGAUGCUGCUCUGCCGUGCAGUGACACAAAGAGCCACAGGACGGGUGGAGGUUCCCUGCCAGCGUGUGUCUCUGCUCCCAGGACCGAGUACAGCGGUGAUAAAUUUCAGCCCAUCACAAGGAGUGCCAUUAUGCGAGCACAGCGAUAUGGGAAAAGUAAGUUCUUUGAUUCACUGGCAGCAGUAGACAAAGAUGAAAUGUCAGCUCUGCCAGCACUAGCUCGCUCUUGCAGCAGAUCCUUCAGGAAUGUGAGUUUUAUGUAGCUGCCAGAUGUGAAUUAUUGAUGGCUUUAUUAGUUAUUAUUAGUCACUGCUCUUUUUCUUACAUACACAAUAGCUCAGCAAGUGUUUGGCGUUAGUAUCGGAUUUCUGUAGUGUUCAUACAAGCGCCAACACUUCCACCAGACAAGGACUUUCCUUCCCGAAGGAUCAAAGCUCGGACCCACCGGAACGGUACUUCCCGAACCAGAUUUGUCUGAACUGGAAGACAACACCUGCAGCCAUCCCCGCAGCCACGCUUUGCAGUAUCACCACCUGGUCACCUCCCGCAAUUAAACACCGCUGGGCUAACGGCAUCCAGGUGGGGAGCCCCAGGCCACACAGCUGGAGUGGUGACAGUGACACUGGAGAACCUGGUGCUUCUUCCUCCGCCACUGAUUUUUAACUGCGGUCAUGGGGAGCCAACAACACCCUGCUGGGAUGAGAAGCAAAAUUCCCCCUGUGCCGGUACUGCCCUGGUCAGACCAGGACCGAUCCCGACCGCAGCUGGAGCUGCGGAGGACUGGAGGACUGUACCCGCACUUCUCCGGCUGUCCUGUGUCUGCCAUGGCCGUCCGUCUGUCCGCAGGCACCUCUCCAGCCCUGCUCAGCCCUCACACCUUGCAGAGCAGCUGCUGGUCCCAGCACCGAGCUGGUUGAUGUGGGGCGAUUGUUAUGCAUAGCUGGCUGGUUCGUAAGGCCCUCCGAGGCGAGCGGAGCGCUCAGAGGAAGAGAAAAUUAUUGUUCCUGGUUUCACACUCAGCUGAGUUUCCAUUCCACGCAUUCCUCCUUACUCACUCCUCUCUUAAUCACUGCAGAUGUUGACAUCAGAUACCAACUCACGAAGCGGAGCUUAUCGAGAACAUGACUUAUGUUUGAAGAAAUUCCUCCCAGAAUAUUUCAGGCUUCUGGUUUUCGACUAUAUUUGGUGUGGAGCGAGGAGAAGCUGCUCUAGCAUUGCAGGGUGGCUGGGGCUGAGGCCGCGGCGCUGAGACCGCCCUGGGAGCCACAGGCAAAGUCACCAACCUCGCGUUUCUCUGGGAGUUUUUCUAACAGGAAACCAGCCGCGUAUGCAGCUGGCAGCACUGACCGCAUCCAGCAUUCCCGACUCCACAACCCCUCUCCUUUCUUUAGCUCAUUCACCCAAAAGUCUCACCUACCAGCUCCAGCGCGCCCGUGGGUGCCUGCGCUGCCCCUGCACCCGCACUGGGCCCUGUCCUCUCCCACCCACCCGUGCUGGUGCCGUGGGUGAGGGGUGAGGCACGAGCAGCUUUCCCCAUUGGAGGUGUUUCAGGUGUUUAUUGCUUACAAGGAAAAGGUGUUCUGGGAGAGGCCAGGUGUGUGAAAACCUUGUCUUCUAGGAGGCUGACACACGCAGCGGGGCUCGGUGCGGGGCUUCAUAAAAGGACAGGAAAAAAUCCUGUGGGUGCCCCAAUACCUUCCCAGACCUCUCAAAGCUGGGGAAAAUGAAGCUCUGAAACGGUCUUUCCAUCCCACAGAAAUUUCCAUCGGAUUAAAAACGUUCCUUUUGUGCGUUGAGAUGAACGGAGACCUUGGGGGGAUGAGGGGCACCCGAGGGAGGCUGAGCCCCGGCGCGGCCGCUUGGGCACCCUCUGGGCUGGGUCAGGGACCCUGACACCUCUGCUGUGGCUGCCCUCGUGCCGGGGCAUGCAGAGAUCUCGGUGUGGUUUU